CAAAUCCGCAGCCCGAGACCCCUGCACAUGCGCCUCAGCCUCCGCGUCAACAUCCCCAAGGCGAGCAGCCUCAAAGGGUGAGAAUCCCAGAUUGAAGUGAGACAGAUUGUAUCAACAACCAACGACUGCAGACGUCCGCCCACUCUCUCUUUCUUCGUCCCUGUCCGCGGAACACACGACUAUCCCUUCCCGUCCUACCUCGACAUUCUCGACGCCCUCACACAAUCCCUCAAAACAAUGCCACAAUGAUCACCUCGAUACAGACUGUCGUUACUCUUUCGCUUGGCCUGGCGGGCCUUGUGAGAGCGCAGUAUGAUGCUGCACUCGUGGGCACAUGGACGACAAAGUCCAAAAAGGUGGUCACUGGUCCCGGUUUUUAUGAUCCUGUCGCAGACAAAUUAAUCGAGCCCGAUCUGGCGGGCAUUUCCUACUCUUUCACAAGCGAUGGGUAUUAUGAAGAAGCAUACUAUCGAGCAAUCUCAAAUCCAACAACUCCUCAAUGCCCCUCCUCUAUAAUGCAGUGGCAACACGGCACCUACUCUUUGCCGGGCAACGGCUCGAUCGUCCUCACACCCUUCGGCGUCGAUGGCCGUCAACUGACAUCCGCCCCCUGUUCCUACGACAACGCCGUCUACAUCCGCUACGAGCAACCCGAACUCUUCAAAUCUUACCAGGUCCUCACCGAUGCCUUCCACAACGUGCCCAGAUUGAAUCUGUACCAAUUUGACGGGAGCCCAAUGCAACCCAUGUAUUUGAUGUACAGCCCGCCCCAGAUGCUCCCGACCCAGACGCUCAAUCCGACGAGUGCACCGAGCGCGACGGGUAAAUCGAGGGUUAAGCGAACGGAUGGAGGAGACGGCGACCAAGAAGUGCUCCAGCCGUUGAACCGAGACUCGCAUAUCAUCAAGCAACAGCCCGCCGAUUUCUACAAUGCUGACAGGUGGUGGUGGGCGGGAGUUGGGUUGACGGCGCUUGGGACGGUGAUGUACAUGCUACCAACAUCCGUGUGAGGGCAAUUUCAGGAGCAAAACAGAAAAGAGGUCAAAAGAGUUCGUGUCUGUCAUUGAGAGGUUUUCGAGGUGUGUAGCCUUCAGGAAUGGUGUUCUAUAAAUGCUUCAAACAAGGAUUGUGAAACAAGGCACGCAUUUUCGGACAGGCGUUGGGGGAGCCUUUGUGUGAUAUUCUGCCUCGAAAAAUAUGCCAUGGGUAAAGUGAUCAUGAAAAUGUAGCGGGAACCCGGUGGGGGGAGAAACAGGACGGUUAGAUCAAUGAUUGCGAACAUGAAAUCCUCGUGGCUGGAGGCCACUGUCACAUAGAAUGGAACGGAAGUCCGUAAUAUCAACUUUGCUGUUUUCGCACUUGUGGACCGCACCGUUCAAAUCAGAUCCAAAUCCUUCUGUUCGG